CAGAGAUCAGAGAGGAUUUUUGCCCCCAGCGUCCAGUGGGCUUCGUGUCCGGCUGAUUUUUUACAGUACAGUGGCUUGCCGGUGGACACCCCCUACCAAAUAGAGCUCCAAUAAAUAAAGGAUACAUUUCAAGAUGUAUCCACAGGGCCGGCAUCCGGCGCCCCACCAGCCUGGUCAGCCAGGCUUCAAAUUCACAGUGGCGGAGUCCUGUGACAGGAUCAAAGACGAAUUUCAGUUCCUGCAAGCCCAAUAUCACAGUCUCAAAGUGGAGUAUGACAAACUGGCCAAUGAGAAGACCGAGAUGCAGCGCCAUUAUGUCAUGUACUAUGAGAUGUCCUAUGGGCUGAACAUUGAAAUGCACAAACAGACCGAGAUUGCCAAAAGGCUCAAUGCGAUUCUAGCCCAGAUUAUGCCUUUUCUGUCACAAGAGCACCAACAGCAAGUAGCACAAGCUGUUGAGCGUGCAAAACAAGUGACAAUGACCGAACUGAAUGCUAUCAUCGGGGUACGUGGACUUCCCAAUCUGCCUCUCACCCAGCAGCAGCUCCAAGCCCAGCACCUCUCUCACGCUGCCCACGGCCCCGUGGCUUUACCUCCCCACCCUUCUGGCCUUCAGCCACCAGGAAUCCCUCCGGUCACCGGCUCUGGCUCAGGCCUGCUGGCUCUAGGGGCCCUGGGAAGUCAGCCACACUUGCCGGUGAAGGAUGAAAAAAACCACCAUGACCUGGAGCACCGAGAGAGCACGAACAACUCCAUCUCUCCAUCAGACAGCCUGCGCACAACCAGUGAGAAGCACCGUGGCUCCUCCGAUUACAGCUUAGACUCCAAAAAACGCAAAGUGGAGGACAAGGACAGCAUGAGUCGAUAUGACAGUGAUGGAGACAAAAGUGAUGAUUUGGUGGUUGAUGUUUCCAAUGAGGACCCUGCCACGCCCAGAGGCAGCCCCGCCCACUCGCCGCCAGAGAAUGGUAUAGAUAAGCCCCGGCCAGCAAAAAAGGACACACCCAACAGUCCCGCCUCUGUGGCCUCGUCUGGCAGUACCCCUUCCUCUAAAAACAAGGAGCACGGCCAUAAUGACAAAUCUUCCACGCCUGGUCUCAAGUCUAACACCCCCACACCUCGUAACGAUGCCCCCACACCAGGUACCAGCACCACCCCUGGGCUGCGGCCCAUCCUGGGCAAGCCUCCGAUGGAAGCUCUUGCCGCCCCUGCUCUGCGCACCCCUCUCACUUACCCAACUCCCUUCGCCAUGAUGAGCCACCAUGAGAUGAAUGGUUCUCUGACCAACCCUGGAGUCUAUGCUGGCCUUCACAUCUCUCCUCAGAUGAGCGCGGCUGCUGCUGCUGCCUACGGGCGCUCGCCCAUGGCGGGUUUCGAGCACCCUCAUAUGAGAGCUCCUGGCCUCCCUGCCAGCCUCACCUCGAUCUCUGGAGGAAAACCAGCCUACUCUUUCCACGUCAGCGCCGAUGGACAAAUGCAACCUGUUCCCUUCCCUCCAGAUGCUCUCAUUGGUCCAGGGAUCCCUCGCCAUGCCCGGCAAAUCAACACACUCAGUCAUGGUGAGGUUGUUUGUGCCGUGACUAUCAGCAACCCCACGCGCCACGUCUACACUGGUGGCAAGGGCUGUGUGAAGAUCUGGGACAUCAGUCAGCCUGGAAGCAAGAGUCCGGUUUCUCAACUUGACUGCCUGAAUAGAGACAACUACAUUCGAUCCUGUAAGCUGUUGCCUGAUGGUCGCACACUCAUUGUUGGAGGAGAGGCCAGCACUCUGACCAUUUGGGAUCUUGCCUCCCAGACACCCCGAAUCAAAGCCGAGUUGACCUCCUCUGCACCAGCCUGCUACGCGCUGGCCAUCAGCCCAGAUGCCAAGGUGUGCUUCUCCUGCUGUAGUGAUGGAAACAUCGCUGUCUGGGACCUUCACAACCAGACCCUUGUCAGGCAAUUCCAAGGCCACACAGAUGGUGCCAGCUGCAUUGACAUCUCUCAUGAUGGCACCAAGCUCUGGACAGGUGGUCUUGAUAACACAGUCCGCUCCUGGGACCUCAGGGAGGGAAGGCAACUCCAACAGCACGACUUCACAUCUCAGAUCUUCUCUCUGGGCUACUGUCCAACGGGCGAGUGGCUGGCUGUUGGUAUGGAAAGCAGCAACGUUGAGGUGCUCCACCACACCAAGCCUGACAAGUACCAGCUGCACCUUCACGAGAGCUGCGUUCUCUCUCUCAAGUUUGCAUACUGUGGUAAAUGGUUCGUGAGCACUGGGAAGGACAAUCUGUUGAAUGCAUGGAGGACUCCCUAUGGCGCCAGCAUAUUCCAGUCAAAGGAAUCAUCCUCGGUCCUGAGCUGUGACAUAUCAGCUGAUGACAAGUACAUUGUUACGGGCUCUGGAGACAAGAAGGCCACGGUGUAUGAAGUGAUCUACUAGACUGAGAGGUAACAGACUGGAGCAGCUCAGGCCUCUGGAGGAGGACGGGGGGACACAUAACUUCUCACUCCAGUGACUCUCCUAGUCAAACAGACAGGAACAGCCCUUGUCUGUCUGACUGUCUGUCUCACUCACUGACUUUUUUACUGACUGACCGCAGACGUGGACGAGUGGACACUGGGGGGGAUUGAGCUGCUGGGACUGGGACACAAAUGUGCAACCCUAAAGACCCCACACACUCGGCUCGGUUCAUAUGGCACUAGGGAACACUCGUUCUUUUCUUCCUUGCUGUUUUUUUUUUGUGUCAAAUUUUUCUUUGGACUUUGUUUCCCUUUUUUUUUCUCACUACGCAGUGAGAAUGUUCCAUAAUGCUUCGUGAAACAGCGCUUCGUUCUGAAACUUCAUCUGUGUGGAGGUUAUGUGAAAAGUGUACAUAAUGGAGUAUUAAAAUGCCUUUUAUAGAUUUAUAUUUUGGUGUCCUGUUACACUUGUGAUGGUUCUCUUUCUCUCUCCCUCUCUCU